GCUUCCCUUCGCCUCUUCCGAACACGUUUCUGCUGCUGGAUUUUUACGUCCGUCAUCCCACCAUGCAGCGUGACCCUCCGAAGAAGAAGUCGGAGAAGAAGACAGAAAAGCGGUUCUUUGACGCUGUGUCCUUCGGGAAGGACCUGCUGGCUGGCGGGGUGGCGGCGGCCGUGUCCAAGACGGCCGUGGCGCCCAUCGAGCGGGUGAAGCUUCUGCUGCAGGUGCAGGCGUCGUCCAAGCAGAUCUCCCCCGAGAUGCAGUACAAGGGCAUAGUGGACUGUAUGCUGCGCAUUCCCCGCGAGCAGGGUUUCUUCAGUUAUUGGCGUGGCAAUCUUGCAAAUGUCAUUAGGUAUUUUCCAACACAAGCUCUAAAUUUUGCUUUUAAGGACAAAUACAAACAACUUUUCAUGUCUGGAGUUAAUAAAGAAAAACAGUUCUGGAGAUGGUUUUUGGCAAACCUGGCUUCUGGCGGAGCAGCUGGGGCAACAUCUUUAUGUGUAGUAUAUCCACUAGAUUUUGCUCGAACCCGAAUAGGUGUUGAUAUUGGAAAAGGUGCUGCAGAGCGACAAUUCAAGGGUUUAGGUGACUGUAUUAUGAAAAUAGCAAAAUCAGAUGGAAUUACUGGUUUAUACCAAGGGUUUGGUGUUUCAGUACAGGGCAUCAUUGUGUACCGAGCCUCUUACUUUGGAGUUUAUGACACAGUUAAGGGCUUAUUACCCAAACCAAAGGAAACCCCAUUUCUUAUCUCCUUUUUCAUUGCUCAAGUUGUGACUACAUGCUCUGGAAUACUCUCUUAUCCCUUUGACACAGUUAGAAGACGUAUGAUGAUGCAGAGCGGUGAGACUGAACGGCAGUAUAAAGGAACUAUAGACUGCUUUGUGAAGAUAUACAAAUAUGAGGGAGGCAUUGCAUUUUUUCGUGGUGCCUUCUCCAAUAUCCUUCGUGGUACAGGGGGCGCUUUAGUGUUGGUAUUAUAUGAUAAAAUUCAAGAAUUCAUUAAUAUUGGUAGUGGAGGUAGUUCAUAGGAGAUUAAAUUGAGAAAUGCAUACAUUUAACUUGUUAAACAUAAAAAUUAUAUAGCUGCCAUUUGUAUAUAUUUUGAUAGUUCGUUAUUACUGUCAGCAUUUUUUAAAGUGGUAAUUCUACAAUAAAGCAUAAGCUUUUUUAAGCAUUUAAAUAAAAAUCAGAUAAAUGUGGGUUUCCUUCCCAC